AUGAGCGUCGGACUGCUUUUGUCGCGCCAGACAGCCACGUUUGGCGCGCGUGCAGCAUAUAGAUAUGCACCGAGCAUGCUCUACGCCUCUGGAGGUGCUCGAUAUUUCUCUGCAACCCGUCUCUCCAUGCAAAACGGAGUCAACGCCCAGCUGAGCACCGAGAACGUGAAACCGGGCACAGAAGGCGCACAUAAACGCGAUACGACGACAUACCCCGAAUUCCCGACCCCGCACAGUGGCGACCGUGGGGACUGGGUGCUCUUCCACCCUGUCUAUUCCCAAAGUGAACUCAAGGCAGUUCAAGUUCUCCGGCAUCAACCCGAAAACAUGCGAGACCGCACGGCUUCCUGGUUUGUGCGCGCCCUCCGCAAGGGCUACGACUUUGUGUCUGGUUAUCAUCACAAGCCCAUCCCACCAGGCAGCACAAUGUCAAUCGAAGAGCUCCGUAAAGGCGGAUACAUUCUCUCCGCCGACCAAUGGCUCAACCGCAUCCUCUUCCUCGAGACCAUCGCUGGCGUGCCUGGAUUUUUCGCAGCGAUGAUUCGACAUUUGAGAGGAUUGAGAGGAAUGAAGCGGGAUGGUGGAUGGAUUCAUACGCUUUUGGAGGAAGCGGAGAAUGAGAGGAUGCACCUGAUGACGUUUAUGACCCUCCGCCAGUCGGGCAUCUUCUUCCGCGCAUUCAUCGUUGCGGCGCAGGGCGUCUUCGCCAAUGCCUUCUUCUUGGCUUACCUUGUCUCACCGAGGACAUGCCACCGUUUCGUCGGCUCGCUCGAAGAAGAAGCGACGCUUACAUAUACCGCACUGAUCGAGGAUAUGGAGGCUGGAAGAGUUCCUGAGUGGAAAGACAAGCCCGCACCGGGAAUUGCCAUCGACUAUUGGCGUCUCAAGCCCAACGCGACCCUCUUGGACGUCAUCUACGCCGUCCGCUCAGACGAGACCACACACCGUUUCGUCAACCAUACUCUCGCCAAUCUGAAACCGGACGACAUCAACCCAUUUGCGCUCGCAGAGCCGAGCAUGCACGUCAAGGGCGUCAAGGCUGGGUUCUCCCGCGAAGAGGCCGCCCAAUAUCUCAAGGAGACACAGCAAAAAGCAGACGAGGCGCUGAGCAAGGAAAAGUCCUCAUAG